CUUCAGUGUAAUCAACAGUCAUUGCUCAGUUCGAACCUUGUAAAUACUGUACCAGCUCUCGUUUUAAAAUCUUUCGUGGCACGUUACCAUCAAUUCGUGUGCACGUUCAGUAGAUAUUCAAGCAACUAUUCACGAAUUUUCCAUCGACUUCCUUCCCGGGAUUUUCGAGCAUAAUAUAAGUUAUUCUACUUAGACUAGAGCCGUUACGAUCUUGGUGCAACAUGUCCUAUUUCGGAGGUGCUAGUUCCAAUGCCAGUGGUGUUCUCGCAAGUUCAACAGCGACGUCGUUCGAAAAUCAAAACCCCAUGGCAAGGAAAAACAAGCGAGAAGAUGGACCAAGCAGGAUUACCGCCCCACAUGCAAGCAAACGAGCCGCUUUGGGGACAAUAACCGGUAAUACAACAAGAGUACAACCGUUCCGCGCGGCAAAGGCCACAACGUCAGAUGGUUAUUUUAGUACUGUACAAACUGAGAACUUGGCAAAUCGUGCUGGAAAAGGAGGAGCGUUUGAAAUAGCAACUGCUGAUCAAGGAUUUUCAAUUCAUGUCGACCAGGACUGCUUUGGAUCCGACCAAGUAGACAGUGCUCUUCAUUUGAAUCCUGCGGUAGUAAAUCUAAGAAACGGAGACUCGUUACAAUGUGCAUUCCCGCCAGUGGAGCCAGAGGCAGAGUCGCCAAUGGUAUUGGACACCUCCAUUGAACAAAUAUGUGAAACUGACAGACUAGGAAUUGAAUUCGAUCUUGACGCAAAGGCUGAUUCACAACUUUUUGUACCAGACUAUGCAAAAGAUAUAUUUAGUUACUUGAAAGAAGCAGAGCAAAGAAAUAGACCUAAAGCAAAUUACAUGAAGAAGCAACCAGACAUCACCACUAGCAUGAGAUGUAUACUUGUAGAUUGGUUGGUGGAAGUAGCAGAAGAGUACAAAUUACACAACGAGACUUUAUAUUUAGCAGUAAAUUACAUAGACAGAUUCCUUUCUUCAAUGAGUGUUCUCAGAAGCAAAUUACAACUAGUUGGAGCUGCCAGUAUGUUUCUUGCUGCCAAAUUUGAAGAAAUUUACCCCCCAGAAGUUGGUGAAUUUGUGUACAUCACUGACGAUACCUAUACUAAGAAACAAGUACUACGCAUGGAGCACCUAGUGUUGAAGGUCUUAUCAUUCGAUCUUGCUAUUCCUACCAUAAAUGUGUUCCUUGAUAGGUUCUUAAGGGCUGCAGAGGCUGACAGUAAAGCAGAAUGUAUGGCCAGAUUUUUGGCUGAACUAACACUUCAAGAGUAUGAACCUUACAUUAGGUAUUCUCAAUCUACCAUCGCAGCAUCUGCCGUUUGUUUAGCAAAUCAUACACUUCAUCCCAACCAACAACCAUGGACUGCUACAUUAGAACACUAUACUAGCUUUACCUUUCAAGACAUCCUGCCAUGCGUUAGAGAUCUACACCAUACAUUUGUCAACUCUGUGAAUAACCAACAGCAAGCAGUUAGAGAGAAAUACAAGACUCAAAAGUAAACUUCAUCAAGUAUCAUUGAUCCCUGCUCCACCAACGAUACCAUCUCUAUAACUAGCAACGUAAAACUUGUUAGUUCCAUUGCAAGUUGAUGGGACGCGUAGCUGUAGAUCAUCCAAUCAUGUCUGCAUUAACCAAUCCUGUAGAUAGAAAAAAAAUUUGAGUAAAUUUGAAAAUAGAUGAUAGUGUAGUUUUAAGUACAGGAUGCAAUCAGCAUGCCUUGUUGUAAUCAUGCUUUGUGCAAUGCUAUAAUUAUUCCUAAAGUUCAAGGUUCGUUCUGACAACAUUAUCUAAUGAAUUUAGACAAGGCCAUGACUUGAACUUGCUUUAUGGCAUUUUUUAAAGAUUUUAGUUCCAGUAAUUACAUGUUUUUAAUUGUAUAUCUUUUUAUCUGUGUAAUUUAGUUUUAUAUGUAAAUAUCUUUUUUGUCAGUGACAACUUAUUAAAUAUUUUACAAUAAUGCA